AGUAACGAAUAACUUCACCAGAAUAAGAGUGAGGUUAGUUUACUUUGUUUUGAGACUAAAAUCAUUUGUUUUUUCUAUAAAAAUGCCCGCAGAAAAUAUUCAGUAUUCCGAGAAAUAUUACGACGAACACUACGAAUACAGACACGUGAUAUUACCAGCGGAUUUGGCAAAAUUAGUGCCAAGGCCCCACUUGAUGACAGAGACCGAAUGGCGCAAUUUGGGCGUCCAGCAAAGCCCGAACUGGAUGCACUACAUGUCACACGCACCGGAACCGCACGUUCUUUUGUUUAGACGUCCAGUUUCCCAAACUGAUUGAAAGAGAUUCAAGGACUGGUACAAGCUGUGAUUUGCUAUGCUAACUAAGAGGUAGUGUUUAGCACAAACUGUAAAUAAUUCCAAAACUUACAUUUGGAAUGUAUUAAAACAAGACUAAUAGAUACACUUUUAUUUUAAUACAAUUAAAUAAAUAUAUCUCUACAACUACAA